AUGGAUCUGGCAGCUAAGGGACAUCAGUCAGAGCGGGCUACGCCGAAGCCGCAGUUGAAGGAUGUAGAAGGUCCUUUUGACGGUGGUGUGCGCGCAUCGCUGGCGAAGAGGCUGUCGGCACUUAAGUUUCCUUCUUCGGAUGCGCCUGUUGGAGAUGGGGAGAACAACGCUAACGAAGGACAAGGAAAAGAGGAAGAGGUGAAUUCGCCGACCGCUGCUCCUGAUGCACCUGAGGAGGGAAGUGAAGACGAGGAAGAAGAGGAUGACGGGUAUCUCAGUAAUGAUCCUGAGGAGCGUUUUGACCCGGUGAAAGCUGGAGAAAUUGCUGCGCGCGCGGGUUUCUCCAUCACGCUGCUGGUUCCGAUCAAGUACGAGGAGGAGGUUCCCCGUACUAUCGACACGGUUAAGGGACUCCUUGCGUUGUGGAGGAAGUUUAUGUCGGCUCACGUACUGACGACGACAAGGUGCCAAGUCCUCUUGCCGGCGUGGCUGUCAAAGAAGCGGUAUGGGAGGAUGCAAGUCACUUUCCAGCAAGCAUCGGACGCGAACUACGUGUGGUGUCGUCAGAUCCAGCACAAGAUGUUGAAUGAGGAGAGCAUUUACCUGGACUGGCAGCACCCGGAAAACCCGGUCUACAUUCAGGAGCGAGCGACUAACCCGGACUCCAUCGAAGUGCUGCUGAAGAGUGUCCCGGCGGCUAUUACGUCGGAAAUGGUGUAUGAAUACCUGGUGAAGACGGUGUUGGAGAAGCGGGGUCGGACGCCGUUCCUCAGUGGGGCUGCCUUCCACAGGGUGGUGGAUCCGGUUACCGGCGCAGAUACUGACAAGAUUCGGGGUCUGGUUAAGGGACACCCGGGGGAUAAGUAUCGCUGGUGGCAUUUGUUGGUCGACUCAGAGGCGUGCGGCAAGGCGCACGGAUCCAGUUUUACGCAGGCGCUAGCGCAUGUGAAGUCGGUGCAGCACUGUACAGCUAUCCUGCAGGGGGACGCAGCAAGCAGGAAGAGCAGGGGGAAAAUGAAUUUCCUUCCGAUUCGCAAGGAGUUUGGGCUGUAA